CUGCGUCUUUCUUCUGCCAGCGAAACUGGUGAAAGCAGCAGUCAUUGUGUAGGUAGGACUAAGUCUUACGGCCGCUUGGGCUUCAUAUCUCACUCAACCAUUUUGUCAACUUUUACUCUGCCUUUCAUCCUUUUUUUUUUUCUCAUUAGCUUCUUCCUUUCUCUGGAAACUUUCGCAAUCUCUCUUUGUAUUCUAUGCUUCAUGGGCUCCGAAGGAUCCAGGGUGGUUGUUCCUCGGAAUUUUAGAUUAUUGGAAGAGCUUGAGAGAGGUGAAAAAGGGAUUGGGGAUGGAACUGUCAGCUAUGGCAUGGACGAUCCAGAUGAUUUCUUAAUGCAAUCUUGGACUGGGACCAUUAUAGGUCCACCUAAUACUGUUCAUGAAGGGAGAAUCUACCAAUUGAAGCUAUUUUGUGGAAAGGAUUACCCGGAUAAUCCUCCAGCUGUUAGAUUCCAAAGUAGGAUAAACAUGACCUGUGUCAAUCCUGAAACUGGAGUGGUUGAAAAGAACAUUCUUCCCAUGCUUGCCAAAUGGCAAAGGGAAUAUACAAUGGAGGACAUAUUGACACAACUGAAGAAAGAAAUGAUGUCAUCACAUAAUAGGAAGCUCGCUCAGCCUCCUGAAGGAAAUGAAGAGGGAAGGACGGAACAAAAGGGGCUAGUCUUGAAGUGUUGUAUUCUUUGAUUCAGGUUUCCCCUUGGGUGGAAAGCUUGCGGCUAAGGAGGUGUGGACUGCUCUUGAGGAGAAAUUUAAAACAAAAAUUGACAAAUGGUGAGGCUUGGUCUUUUCUAAUGGGGAUAGGCCUACUCUUGCUCGGUCGGUUCUUCAAAGCUUACCGUGCUACUUCUUCUCCUUAUUGAAGGCUUCGAAGUGUUAUAUUUCUCACUUGGGGAAGCUUGUUCGUGAUUUUGGACCAGAGGAAUUGGUAAUUCGGCUUACCCAUCUUGUUUGACCUCUCUCUCUACAUUUAUGGAGGGUUGAUAAUUGGCUCCAAUAGUCAGAAAAAUAGUGCUCUCUUGAUGAGGCGGCUUUGGAGGGUUUGCCACAACAAAAAUGCCCUUUGGAGGAAGGCGAGUAGUGCUAUUUAUGGUUGUGGAUGAGCAUGGGUCUCCAUUGAGCCAAGAGACAGAAGAAGCUUUAGAUUGCAUUGAGCCAAGAGACAGAAGAAGCUUUAGAUUGCAUUGAGCCAAGAGACAGAAGAAGCUUUAGAUUGCAUUGAGCCAAGAGACCGAAGAAGCUUUAGAUUGCAUUGAGCCAAGAGACAAGAAGCUUUAGAUUAUGGAAUGGUAUUUUAAAACAAAAUAUCAACGUUUUUCCUUUACCUACUUUGUGGUGGCUGAUGGUGUGCUAUAAGGAUGUUUUGGUGGCGGAUUGUUGGGUUAAUUCAAGUCAAGCUUGGGAUUUAGGGACGAGGAGAAGAUUGUUUGAUUGAGAAGGCAGCUAUAUUAUUGCCCUUGCUCAAUUGCUGAUCAAUUGGGUGGUGAAUAGAACCAAGGAUAGCUUACGAUGUAGGUUGGAGGCUUUCUGGCAGUUUUCAACCAAGUGUUCCUUAAGUUGACUAGAGGGUCCCCAAAAUUUAAUCUCCCUAUGUCCAAUCUUAUUUGCAAACCAAAAAUUCCUAAAAACACGAAGUUUUUCCUUUGGUCCCUUCUGACCGAAGCCUGAACACUCAUGACAGCCUCCAGAUGAGGUUUCGUAAUUGGUUUCUUUCCCUUUCCAUGUUUCUUCUUUUGCCAGAAGGAGGUCGAGACCUUAGACCAUUUAUUCUUACACUGCGAGUUCACUUCAAAGGGUGAAGUAGGAUUUUUUAUACUUUAGGGUUGGAUUGUUGGUCUCCCCAUGAGGAUUGAUAAUUGGAUGAUGGAUGGCUUGGAUGGUGGCAACUUUCGUGGGAAAGGAACAAUCUUGUGGAGUUGUGCUACCUGUGCUCUUUUGUGGCAUCUUUGGAAUGAAAGGAAUAGUAGGGGGUGUUUGAGGAUAAGUUUAGUCCUUUCGAUUCUUUUUAGGCUCUUGUGUCUUGGUGGUGUACAAAUUACACAGUUAUUUUGUAAUUAUAGCCUUUUCAUGAUUAUUAACAAUUGAAGGGGUCUUUUUGUUUAGUUUUUUUUCUUGUCCCUCAACCCAGCUUUCUUUUGUUCUUCAUACAUCUAUCUAUCUCCGUUUUAUUAAAAAAAAAUACCAAUCCUCUUAUCCUCUUUCUGGAA